AUGGAUAAAACACGCCUCUUCCCUUCUUCUCGUCCGCUCCAGCCCAUUUCAACCCCGCUUUCCAUCCUCGACGCCACAGUUGUUCGUUACGCUCCUACGGGAGCUAUAUGGCUCUUCGAACACAUCCCCGAGGGUGUCAGCGAGACUGAGUUUCUUGACCGUUUGCGCUCGUCUUUGGCGGAUGCCCUUAAUGACUUUCCACACUUUGCAGGCCAGCUGCAGUGGGCACCGGUGCGGCCGGGCGGUUCACACACUGAGCGCUUCAAUCGACCCGUAAUCAUAUAUGGCGACGAAAGAGAUCCAGGCGUCGAAUGGAGCGUCGUGCGACAUUCAUCCAUCUCGCUACAGUCGCUGGCACCCUCGGCGUCAGAGCGGGCGUCUGGAGAGGGGGUCUGGAUAGGAGACGAAUUCGCGCAGAGCCUGUUCCUCUCGAAUACGUCGCUGCCGUUGCACGAUCUGCGAGAAUGUGAAGGAAUCCCUGCCGUGCAGAUCCAGCUCAGUCUGUUCAAUGACGGGGGAUAUGGUAUUGGUAUCAAAAUGGUCCAUUGUUUGGCCGAUGCACAAGCACUGAUGGUGUUUGUCCAUCACUGGGCAGCCAAAAGUCGCAAAUCAUUCUCUUCCACCGACACCUCUUCUCUCAUGGACGCGCCCAUCUUCAAUCCAGCCCUACUAGACGAAUGUGCCGCAGGAGACAUUGAUGGACCAGCUACUGACCCUGCGUUGGCCUCUGCCGCUCGCCAGCUCCCACUCCACCGGUUUGACUGGUGGCGCACCGAUGCCUCCGGAUACCCGCCUUUUUCGCUUCCAACGACAGAGAACUCCAAACCAUCAGCGGAAACGCUCUCCCAGAUCGAACUAUCGCCUUCCACCUCCGCGCCGUGGUUAACGUGGGAUUUUUCCCGGCCGGUGCGGUACACACAACUACACUACCCCGGACCCGAGCUCGACCACCUGAAGGAACAGGCGCGCGCGGACGGUCGUCCGGACAUAUCGCGGUUAGAUGCGUUGCUGGCCCACAUCUGGUCGGCGAUCAACCGCGCGCGAGGUCAUAGCGAUUCAACCGAGGACGUCUUUCUCAAUCUCACGCUCGGGGUGCGCGCACGUGUAUCGCCUCCAUUGCCCGACUCCUUUAUCGGCUCUCCGCUGUUCCUCGCUCAUCUCCAGAACUCGGGUGCGUCCGCCUGUGCUUCCAGUGUAGGGCAAACAGCGAGCCAGAUCCGGGAGACAAUGCUACGUUUCACGCCCGACGUGGUGGGCGCCAUGCUGCACGAUGCGGCGCAUGAGAUGUGCCCCCAGCGGCUGUGGCAGGCGUUUCUAGGUACACAGCAUACGAUAGUGACGUCUUGGCUGCGGCUUAAGGUGUAUGAGGUGGACUUUGUUGGAUCCAAGGAGCAACCUCGGUAUGUGCAUGCGGUGAUGCCUAAGAUGGAUGGCUGUUUGCAAGUUAUGGAUCCGGGGUUGGAUGAUGGGGGUGUCGAUAUUGCUUUGUAUUUAGAUGGAGAGGCGAUGGAAAAGCUGCUAGUGGAUAGAUAG